ACCGGCUUCCGGAAGGCCCUCCUGCGCAUGCGCGGGGGAGGCCGAGGGUCUCUGCCAGGGAAAAUGGGGAAAGUGAGGGGCCUGCGGGCCCGUGUGCACCAGGCUGCCGUGAGGCCGAAGGGGGAGGCCGCGCCUGGCCCUGCGCCCCUUGUCCAGGAGGCGGCCCCUUCGCAGGCCCCGGCUGCCGGAGCCGGGGGGAAGGACUGGGCUUUCGUCAACACUGACGUCUUUGCCAGGACCAAGAUAGACCCCAGUGCCUUGGUGCAGAGCCUGGAGCUGGACGCGAGGAGCGUCACUUCCAUCAGGAGAGGUGCGGAGGCCAAGGCUGUUCUGCCCAAGAAGGAGAAGCUGAAGCUGAGACGGGAGCGGUGGCUGCAGAAAAUCGAAGCCAUCAAGCUGGCCGAGCAGAAGCGCAGAGAGGCACAGCGGCGGAGGGCCACGGCCGUGGUGGGGGACCUGCAGCCCCUGAGGGAUGCCCUGCCUGAGCUGCUGGGGCUCGAGGCCAGCAGCCGGCACCAGGCCCACGGCAGGGCAGGCAGCAAGCCCAGGCCCACCGAGCUCAGCAGGAUGAGCGCAGCCCAGAGACGCCAGCUCCUCGACGAAGAAAGGGCCCGGUUCCGGGAGCUGCUGGCCAGUCCGGCUUACAGAGCCAGCCCCCUGCUGGCCAUCGGGCAGCGGCUGGCGCACCGGAUGCAGCUGGAAGGCGGCAGCGAGCUGUGAACGGACAGGGCAGGCCACGGCUCUCAGGACGCACCUGCCGGCAGAAGCGCCCAGGGAGCAGCCGGCCCCUCAGGAACACGGCCCUGGCCUGGCGGCUGCCCCCAAGCCUCUUGGCAUGGCGGGGGGUGUGGAGACGGUGAGGACCAAUAAAGUGCCCGCAACCUUCCUCUGUGCCCCUCAGGAACACGGCCCUGGCCUGGCGGCUGCCCCCAGGCCUCUUUGGCGUGGCAGGGGGUGUGGAGACGGUGAGGACCAAUAAAGUGCCCGCAACCUUCCUCUGUGCUCCUCAGGAACACGGCCCCGGCCUGGCGGCUGCCCCCAGGCCUCUUUGGCGUGGCAGGGGGUGUGGAGACGGUGAGGACCAAUAAAGUGCCUGCAACCUUCCUCUGUGCUCCUCAGGAACCAUGGCCCUGGCCUGGCGGCUGCCCCCAGGCCUCUUUGGCAUGGCGGGGGUGUGGAGACGGUGAGGACCAAUAAAGUGCCGGCAACCUUCCUCUGUGCCCCGGUGCUCGGGCCGGGCGAGGGGCCCCAAGCCCCGUGCAGAGGGACUCUGUGGGUUUGGGGACUGCAUUUGCUCGACACCUGGGCUUGUCUGGGCUUCACCGCCAUCCCUGAGCCAGCACCGGUGCCUCUGAGGCCAUGACGCAGCUCGCGGUGUUGUUAGUUUAGGGAAGGAAUCUGUCACUGUGCAGGUGACGUGGGCUCUUCUGUGCCCACCGCUAUUCGCCUUCAGCGAGAGUCUUUGCUGUGCCUGGCCCUGGCGGGACCCAUCUCCUGACAGGAGUGCUCGGGCCCCGGGCUGCCCGGCCCUCCCAUCUCAGAGCCCCCCAUCCCUGUGCUCCCCCGCGUCCCCCAGUGUGGAUGGAUCUCGCCACGGCCGCCCGGUCCUGACCCCGUCAUCGUCACCUCCCGCCCCGGGCCUCACCCCUGCGAGCGCUGUUCCUGAGGGUCUGCCCAGCCUGCUGCGAGCUGGGCCCUCAUCCCUGUGUCCUCGGGCCUGCAGAGCAGGGGUCCUCCGCGGGCCCUGCCCAGGAGCCCCGGCUGGCCCACAGCAGGCGGAUUCACGUUCGUUAGGAGCCACUGGGAAGUGGGGUUGGUUGUUGGACUCAGACACAUCACCUGGUAAACCGUCGUUUUCAGGACGUGGAAAGUGAGGGGCUGGCGUGUCCCCAGGCCCUGAGGCCCAGCCGGGCCCCCAGCUCUUUCCCCAGGCACCCCCCUGGGCAGUGAGGCUCACGGGUCCCAGUGCAGCUGUGCUCAUGUGCCCAGGCGCCUCUCGCUCCUGUCCACAAUCAGGCUGCCAGGAGGACAGUCCCCCCGUGGGGGCGGCAGAGCUGUGCAGUGCAGGAGGACAGUCCCACCGUGGGGAUGGCAGAGCUGCGCGAUGUAGGAGGACGAUUCCACAGUGGGGACAGCAGAGCUGUGUGGUACAGGGGGACAGUCCCACCGUGGAGGCAGCAGAGCUGUGCGGUGCAGGAGGACGAUCCCACGGUGGGGAUGGCAGAGCUGUGUGGUACGGGGGGGACAGUCCCCCCGUGGAGGCGGCAGAGCUGUGCAGUGCAGGAGGACGGUCCCACCGUAGGGGCGGCAGGGCUACUCCGUGCAGGAGGACGGUCCCACUGUGGGGAUGGCAGAGCUGUGUGGUACGGGGGGGACAGUCCCCCCGUGGAGGCGGCAGAGCUGUGCAGUGCAGGAGGACGGUCCCACUGUAGGGGCGGCAGGGCUACUCCGUGCAGGAGGACGUUCCACUGUGGGGGUGGCAGGGCUGCGCGGUGCCGACGGUGCUGCAGGACUGGCUGGCCCCAGCAGUGGAGAUGGCUGAGCAGAGACCUAAAAGAGCAGAGGUGGAGGCAGCAGGCGUCCCAUCCACGGAGGCGGACACAGACUGUCCCAGGAAAGUAGCUUGAGAACCUCGGGUGUGGGGGGUGUCACCCUCCCGUCCGAGAGAGCAGGAAGGGCGCGUUCCAGGCGGUCAGGCACCACUCAAGUUAGACUCGGGCAUCAGCGGAGCGCUGCUCCAUGCCAGCCACCACGCAGAGUCGGCCCGUUUUUCCCAGAAACAAGUGGCAUGCGUUGACAGACGCCCUGAAGUGGUCACUCUCCAGGGCCUGCUGUAGGACUUUCCUGUCUUUGUGUGUGUGCAUCUCCUAAUCUUCGUAGAAUGCACACAAAUUCUUUGGUAAUAAUUCUAAGUAAAGGAGUGCUCCAGUUCAGUGGUUUUCACGCUUUUUAAACCCUGGCCAUGUGUUCUUUUUUCAUUUAAAGGGUAAACAGAGCAGAUAAAAGCCUCUUGGGGCCUGGAGGUGCCCUGGCGCCGGCCUACAGGGCCCUGGAGGAGCCCGGCCUGGGACGGUGCCCUCCCGAGACCGACCCAGCAUGUCCUCAUUGCUGGCACACGGGUGGGAGACGGGGGGCACCGCAGAAAGGGCGAGGGAGGCUCGAGUGGUGGGCCCCCGUGGGUCUUGCAGGAAGAGCAGUGUGGGGGGGGGCGCACUUGGCACAGCGGCUCCAAGGAGGCUGCGGGAAUGUCCCUCCCCAGCAGCAGCUGCCUGGGUCCCCCUCCCCUAAGAAAGCACCUGCGCCCCCUUGCCUCCCCCACGCAGGCCCUCACUUUCACAGUGGGAGCAGCCACGAGCCUGGGAGCUGCGUGCCGGUCUCCAGCUGCCGUCCCUGCACUUGGGCAGCCAGACUGUUUCCCGCGGGUCUGGGCCCGGCUCCCUGCCUUGGAGGACUUGCCAAGUGAGAAGUUUCCCAGGGCUGGAGCAGCAAGUCGCCGCCCACCGGGUGGCUUAGAACAACCAGCUUGCUCCCCUGCAGUCCAGGCUGGGAGUCUGGUGUCUCGGAGCUGCACCCCCGAAGGCCGCAGGGAGGGUCCUUUGCUGCUUCUGGUGCUGGCUGCCACAGCCCUUGGUGUCCUUGGCUUGUGGCCACAUUGCGCUCUUGUGUGCCCCUGCGGCCCCCCGAGGAGGGCACCGCUCGAGUUGGGUCAGGGCUCCUGCUCUGGUGUGACCUCCUCUUUCGUGACCGCCCAAAGGCUCCGUUUCCAGGCAGCGAGGUUCCGCGUCUCUGGAGGUGUGGUGCUGGGUGGUGAUGUGAGCACCCGGCCUCUGAGAGCCCCCACCCCACCGCCAGCACAGGCCCGCUGCCCACCCACCCACGUGCCGGGACGUUGCCAACCAAGGUCACGCUGGGAACCGUGAGCUGCUGGGAACCGUGAGCGGAGGGAGGUUGGUGGCGGGGACGCGGCGGGGUGGGGAGCACGGCGUGGACGCAGCUUCCGGGCCUGCGAGUCAGGCCCUGCAGCCGUGCCUGUUGGGGUUCUGUGCUGCUGGAAGCCAAGUCUUGCACAAACACCAGGCGUCUGGCUUCUGGAAUGUUCCCUGUACAGUGAUAACACGGGCGGCAGCCUUGGUCUUGCCCUGGAACGCCGGCAGGUGCUGCUGCCACCAGGCCUCGCCUGCGCGUGGCCGCUCCAGCCUCCCGCGUCCCCGUCCGCCAGAGGCCAGCUUUCCUGGGUGCUGCUGCCAGGCGUGGGGCGCGCGGGUGGAGAUGGUGGGGUGCUGGCCUCCUGUCUCCUGCCGGGAAGGCACAGACCCAGUCACGAUGUUUUUCCUGCGAAGAUGUUAAAGUAAUAAAGGUCAAAAUGGUAAUUGCA